AUGGGUGACAAGAAAAUCAAAAUAGAUGAAUAUAAAGAGAUUCGCUUAGGUGGAUUCUAAGCAAGAUCACAUAAUUGGUGGGAAGAAGCUAAUCCUGAAGAAUCUGAGGAAGAAGAACAAUAAGGUCAAGAGUGGAGAUAUUUAGAGCAUCAUGGAGUUUUGUUUCCUCCAUUUUAUAAGAGACAUAAUGUGGGUCUAAUUUAUAAUGGGAAAUUGAUCAACCUAACAGAGGAGUAAGAAGAACUUUGCACAUAUUGGGCAUAAUCAAUUGGAUCUCCAUAUGAGAAUAAGGAAAUUUAUAGAAAGAAUUUUGAAUCACUUAUGCAGACAAAAUUUGAAGGGUUUUAAUUGGAUAAGGCUGAUUUCACAAAGAUAAAGGAAUAUUUGGAAUAGCAAAGAUUAUUGAGAUUGAAUAAAUCAGAUGAAUAAAAAAAACAGGAAAAAUUAGAAAGAGAUUAAAGAGAAUUAUUUUAUGGAUAUGCUUUAGUAGAUGGUUGUUUGGAAAGAGUAGGUAAUUACACAUUGGAAUAGCCUACUUUAUUUAAGGGACGUGGGGAACAUCCAAAGGCUGGAUUAUUGAAAGCUAGAAUAUUUCCAGAAGAAUUAACAGUGAAUUUAAGCACUUAGGCUCCAGUGCCUUAAUGCAAAUUACCUGGUCAUUCUUGGGGUAAGAUUGUGCAUAGAAAUGAUGUUACUUGGUUAUUUUCAUAUGUUGAUUCAAGUAUUAGAAAAGACAAUCAUAAAUAUGUUUAAUUUGCUGCAACUUCGAGAUUUAAGUAGAUGAAUGAUAAAAGGAAAUAUGAAAAAGCAAGGAGAUUGAAAAAUUGUAUUGAUUAAAUUAGAGAAAAUUAUACAAAGAAAUUAUAAUCAGAUUCAAUUAAAGAAAGAUAAUUAGGAACAGCAACUUAUUUAAUAGAUAAAUUGGCAUUGAGAGUAGGAAAUGAGAAAGAUGAAGAUGAAGCAGAUACAGUUGGUUGUUGUAGUCUAAGAGUAGAACAUAUCAAAUUGAAGGAAGAUGAUGUAGUUGCCUUUGAUUUUUUGGGUAAGGAUUCCAUGAGAUAUAAUAAUGAAGUUAAAUUAGCACAUUAGAUUUGGAAAAAUCUUAAAUUAUUUAUUAAAGGAAAAUAACCAGAAGACAAUUUAUUCAGUGAUAUAAGUGUGGAUGAUUUGAAUGAUUUCUUGAAAAAAUAAAUGGAAGGAUUGACAGCUAAAGUUUUUAGAACUUAUAAUGCAAGUUUUACACUUCAAUAGUAACUCGAUUUGGGUGGUACUUUAGAUGGUCACUCCAUUUAAUAAAAAGUAUUAAUUAACAAUAUAUAUUUAGGUUGAUUUCUAUGAUAAUGCUAACAAAUAGGUUGCUAUAUUGUGUAAUCAUCAAAAAACUAUUUCAAAAUAAUUUGAGUUAACUAAAAAGAAAAUCAAUACUAAAUUAGAAUGUAUGAAAACAUAUAUACAUGAAUUGGAAUAACAUUAUAAGAAGAAGAAUCCUAAUGAAUAUGAUGAAGAAGUCUAAUUAGAGGAGGGAUCUUAGAAGAAGAAUAGUAUCUUUAUUAAGAAGUUCCCAGGAUAACAUGAUAAGAUUAAGUAAUAGAUAUAGAGAACUUAAGAGAAAUAUUAGAAGGAAUUAAAGGGUUUGGAGAAGAAAGAAGAAAAUAAGGAGAUUGCUUUAGGAACAUCUAAAACUAAUUACAAUGAUCCUAGAAUAAGUGUAGCAUUUUGUAAAGUACAUGAUGUUCCAAUAGAAAGAGUGUUUUCAAAAACUUUAAGAAAUAAAUUUAUUUGGGCUAUGGCUACAGAUUCUAAUUGGAAAUUUUGA